AUGUCGCAGCCACGUCCUUCUUCCUCUUAUGCUCUAAGAGAGCUCCAAGAGCUCCCUUUCUCUGUUAUUCAUUUGGCUCAAAGGUACAGCCGGGAGUUCGGAGUCUUAGACCCAGAAUCCGCAUGGCGGUUCGAAAAGAAAGUUGAUUGGGCCGUGUCCGUCCGUACUUCAAAACGAGUGUACUGUGAUCAGCACUGCCAAGAGCGAAAUGGCAACAUCUCAAGUUAUCGAGCAUAUUCAUCAUUUUUUGGUGGCAAAAAGGAUGAACCACGCAACCCAGAAGUCUCUGCUGCGAGUGAUUCGAAUGUUGAUACGACUGAUUUGGUUGCAAACGACUGGAUUGAUAAUGUCAAGAAUGCUCUGCAAUCAGCAACGGAGGUUGUGGUUUAUACGGGGCAAAGGUUUAAAGAGGCUUCAGAUGAACUCACUCCUCAUGUUCAACAAUUGCUCGAUUAUUAUCCAUACCUAAGAAAUAUUUUGAUUCCGGUUGGUGGGACUUUGACUGCUACCAUGUUGGCUUGGCUGGUCAUGCCGAGGGUGUUGAGGAAAUUUCACAAAUACUUAAUGCAAGGAACUUCUGCAUUGCUAUCCGGGAACCUAUCUCAAGAACAUCCCUAUGAGAAAAGCUUUUGGGGUGCUAUGGAAGACCCUGUGCGAUAUCUCAUCACCUUCAUGACAUUCACUCAGUUAGGUGUGAUCAUUGCUCCGACCACAAUUGCAUCUCAAUACAUUGGUCAAGCUUGGAGGGGUGCAGUUAUAAUCUCAUUUGUAUGGUUUCUCCACAGGUGGAAAGCAAAUGUAUUUUCUCGUGCUCUUGCUGCUCAGAAUGUGGCAAGGCUUGAUCGAGAAAAGUUGCUAACUCUAGACAACCUCUCAUCUGUGGGUCUAUUUGUCUUGGGAAUGAUGGCUUUUGCUGAGGCAUGUGGGGUGGCUGUGCAAUCUAUUUUGACUGUUGGAGGAAUAGGAGGAGUUGCCACUGCUUUUGCUGCUAGAGACAUUCUUGGGAAUGUGCUGAGUGGGUUGUCCAUGCAGUUUUCAAAGCCUUUUUCCCUGGGAGAUACCAUAAAAGCUGGAUCAAUUGAAGGUCAAGUGGUGGAAAUGGGACUUACAACAACAUCAUUACUGAAUGCCGAGAAGUUCCCUGUCAUAGUUCCAAAUUCUAUGUUUUCAAGUCAGGUAAUAGUGAAUAAAUCACGUGCCCCUUGGCGUGCAAUGGCGACCAAGAUUCCCUUUCGAACUGAUGAUCUGGAAAAGAUUCCCUUAAUUUCAGAGGAUAUAAAGUCCAGGCUAAGAUCUCAUCCAAAAGUCUUCUUGGGAGAAGAGGCUCCUUACUGUUUCCUAUCUCAAAUAGAAAAUUCAUAUGCUGAACUGACUAUUGGUUGCAACCUUAAACCUAUGAGGAAAGAUGAAUUAUACUCUACGGAGCAAGAUAUACUGCUGCAGUCAGCCAGAAUAAUCAAGCAACAUGGUGCUGCAUUGGGUAGCAGUCAGAGCCUAUAUGAGUGGACACAUCAGUGAUACACUGAAUUAGAGGAAACUUCUGUUUGUAUAAAGAAUGCAGUUCAUCUGGGCAAGUUUUAUACACAAUGGAACACAGACUGGGAAAAGUAAUGGUGACUUAAUUUUAAGGCAGUGGGAGAGGUUUUCAUGGAUCUUGUGGGCUCCAUUGUAUUGCUGUAUUUCUGUAAUGGAUUUGUGCAAAAUGUUGUGAGAGCAAAGCCCAGAUAGCGAAAACAUUUUUUGCGUUCUUUUUGUGCA